AUGGAAAAAGCCGAAGUGCUCAGGACUGAGAUUCUGGACCGCUUUAGCGCGGAGGAUGACCUGGAAUACGACCCACUGGGAGACCAGUGGGAAGGAAGCAGGCACUUACCCUGGAACUCUCGACUUACACUGGAAGAAGUCGAAGCAAGCGUAAUUGGAGUAUCCAGCACAUCCCCAGGAACUGACCAAGUCACGGAAAAAGGACAUGACAUCCGUAAGGUCAUGGAGACUCAUUACUCUGCUCUCCUGUAUAGGAAAAGGCCUGGAAAGAAUAAUCGCCAAACGACUAGGCUGGACAGCCCUGAAGCACGGCAUUAUCAGCCCCCAACACAGCAGAGCCCUACCCAAACGCUCCACAAUGGACCUGGUAGCGUCUUUCACACACGAUGUGGAAACAGCACUAGCGGCCGGGAAGAAAGUGACCAUAGUCACCAUGGACGUACAAGGCGCCUUCGACGCACUGCUCAAAAGACGACUCCUUGCUAG